GGCGUAGGCUGGCGGCUACAGCUUGGAUUCGACCCCUAGCCUGGGAACCUCCAUACACUGCGGCAGCUGCCCUAGAAAUGGCAAAUAGACAAAAAAGAAUCAGGCAGGACAGCUGAGCGCCUGGGGCGACCUGCCACCAGUCUCCAGCCUCAGUGGGCCUGGCCUGGCCCAUCCCAGUGUUUUCUGGCACCUUUGGUGUUCUCGUUUGGUCCUUUAUGUAGAAGCGGGCUGGGGGAUCCUCCCAGCCCUGUGACCCCCUUCCCCCCAGCUCAGAAGGGUUAAGUGGGAUUUGAACCCAGGCCCAGCUGAACCCCCAGAGACUAGGAAGCCAGGCUUCUCCCAGAAGGAGUUCUCUGGGGAAAUGGCCCCAAAGGGUGGGGUGGACUGGAAUGAGCCAGGCGGCCCACUGGGGCUUCAGAAUUGGACUCUGCUGAGAAACAGCAGCUGGUUCAUAGAACUGCUGGGUGAGCCUGAGCAGUUCUGAGAGGUGGUGUCAGGGCCAGACUCAGCUCCUCCUGCUCUGUGCGCUGGGGGCCCUGGGGGCCGAGGGGCAGGGCGCAGUGGGCGUGGUGCCUGCCCAGCACUCAGCCAGCGUCAUCUUUCUCCUCCUCUGGACUUUGUCUGGAGCCCAGGUGGGGCCUGGGGGGGAGAGGGCACACCUGCUUCCCAGGGCGGGGCCCUGUCCCCUGGCAACCUGGGGCAGAGCAGGCUGGGAGGUCUCUGUGCUGUCCACACGGAGCCAGGCUUAGAGGUUGUUACAGGUGGAGAGCCAGCAGUCAACCCAGACCAUCUACACUCUGGGAAACUGUGGUGCACGGAGACCCCCAGAACAUGGACCGAGUGACCAGAUACCCCAUCUUCAGCAUCCCCCACUCACCCCGUGUGGCUGGUGUGGCCUUUGAUGACGGGGACACCAGCUACACGUUCGAGCUGGUGGGUGUGGCCAGUGGCUGGGGCCAGGACAAGCCGCAGGCAUGGCCCGCUGACCACGAGGCCUCACUGGAAAUGGCGUGGACAGAGAGGUCGCACGGCCCGCAAGCCUUCACUGCGCAGCCACCCCCAUGGCCGGAGGAUGACGAAGACGAGGAGGUGAAAGCCUGCCACCUGGAGGCCCAGCACGUUCCACCCCGGCGGCCCUGGGACCUGGAGCAGGAGCGCCGGCUGGUCAUCCAGGACCAGGCCGUCAGGAGGAGUGACACGGUGGCCACGCUUCACUUCCAUGGGGAGCCCAGGACCCCCAACCUCCUGCCGUCCACAGCCCUGGAGGAGAAUGGGAUUGACCGCGAGCAGAUUGACUUCCUGGCCGUCAGGCAGCAGUUUCUGAGCCUGGAGCAGGCGAACCCGCCCCCCGGGGUGGCCCACGUGAAUGUGGGGGCCCCUCGGAACACGCCACCUGGGGCAUCCCAAGGGAAUGCAGGGGCCCCUCGGAACCCCCCACCUGGGGUGACCCAGGCCUCCAAAGCCUGGAAGGGGCUGCCCCUGGCCAAUGGGUAUGUGGUCCCAGUCAAGCCCCAAGCAAAGGAGGUGGUCAUGGAAGAGAAGAGGGUCCACAGUUUGCCCACCAGGUCUGGCGUCCCAGCCGUGGAUGACCGUGGUUCCCAGGCCCGAGACCGGUCCCCAGAGCCCCCCAAGGAGACGCCCAUUGAGCGGGAGAUCCGGCUGGCCCAGGAGCGGGAGGCGGACCUCCGAGCACAGAGGGGGCUGCAGCAGGCGGCCGGCCACCAGGAGCUGGUGGAGAUCCCGGCCAGGCCGCUGCUGAACAGAGUGAACCUGGCUGUGGGGCCGUGGCGGGACAGGGGGCGCCCAUCACUCUACAUGCAGCGGGACAUUGCCCAGGAGUCACAGCGUGAGGAGGACCACCGGCGGGAGGGCCUGCAGGUGGGCCGGGCAUCCACGCCCGAUGGGUUCUCUGAGGGCCCCCAGCCUCCACUCAGGAGGGCCCACAGCUCAGACUCCAUCCUGGGCCCCGCCCCAGAUGCCCGCGCGGCCAGCCCCACUCCAGAGGUGAGGAAGGUGAACCGCAUCCCACCGGAUGCCUACCAGCCAUACCUGAGCCCCCAGAAGCCCGCAGGAGAACUCCCAGUCUUCUGCACCUAUGGCAAGCCCAGCGGUCUCUCUGCAGGUGAGACCAGGGCUGUGGGCUCUCCGAAGGCCACACAGUCUCCAAGGCAUCCCUCAGAAUCCUCUGGCACAAAGCAGGAGCCCCCCCGCCAACCCCUGCCCACCAGCGGGAGUGUCGUGCGAUGGAAGUACUUUCGCCUGCGUCCCCUGCGCUUCAGGGUCCCCAGUGAGCCUGAGAAAGCUGAGGCCCCCCGAGUGUGGGGCUGGGAGGUGGCUGGGGCACCAGCCUUGAGGCUGCAGAAGUCCCAGUCGUCUGAGCUGCUGGAGAGGGAGGUGGAAAGUGUCCUGCGGCGGGAGCGGGAAGUAGCCGAGGAGCGGCGGAGUGCUCUGUACCCUGAGGUCUUCUCCCCAACUCCAGAUGAGUACUGUGACCAAGAUUCUAGGAGCUCCUCUGGGCCAUCUGGCAUCACCGGCAGCUAUUCGGUGUCUGAGUCACACUUUUUCACCCCCAUCCACCUGCAUCCGGGACAGACAUGGACAGCAGAAGCCCCAGCCGAGGCUGCUCCUUGGCAGAGAAGGAAGAAAGAGCAGUGGUAUGCUGGCAUCAAACCCUUGGACCACGUCAACUUAGAGAUCCUUGAAGCCACGCGGGUGACCCGCCACAAGAAUGCCAUGGCGGAGCGCUGGGAAGCAGGCAUCUACGCCAGCGAGGACGAGGACUGAGCCUGGGGCCAGCUGCCUGCCCCUGUCCUGCUCUGGCCCCACAGGAACUGCCAGGACCUGCCAAGGCCCCAACUGGACACUCUUUAAAUCCAGUUCUGGGGACCACAGAUCUCAUGCCAACAAUCCCAAGGCUGGAUACACUUCUGGGCUCAAGGGCUUUCUUUUCUGUUUGUCUUUUCCCGGGAAAUUGGUGUGCUUUCUGGGUCUAAGGCUGGGAAUGACCCUUUCUGCUCCUACGACUUUGCCAAAUGCUCUUGGGUCCGGAAAGGAAUGAGACCAGCUCUCCCACCUCCAGAUGUAAUUGUUCCUGCUGGUCUGAGAGGGGAGACCCUUGAUUCCUCCCUCUGGGGAGUCCCAGUCUGACAGGGGAGGCCUGCCCUGCUCCAGCCCCAGGAAACCUCCAGUCUGAGGGAGGAGGCCUGAGUGCCCAAUCUGAGGGCCUUCCUGCCACCCUGUGGCCCCCUCCAUGGCACAUCAGCACAGCUCUGGCAAUAGAGGGUCCCAUGGGGACAGCCCCGGGCAGAGAAAAGGGCUCGACUUGGGGACAGAACCGGGUCAUUCUGCUCCAUGAAAUAAAGUGGCUGUGUGCUGCCCCCAG